UGAGUUCCUGUCCGGGCUAAAGAUGGCGGCGUCAGGAGCCGGGUCUCCCGGCCGGCUGGUCCAGUACGUAGUGGUCCGCUCGGAUCUGGUUCAUAAACUGUCCUGGCCCCUGGGGGCCGUGAUAACUCAGGCCUGCCACGCCGCUACCGCCGCCAUCCACCUGCACUACGGAGAUCCGGACACACAGCGCUACCUGUCCGAGCUGGACUCCAUGCACAAGGUGGUGCUGGGGGCUCCAGACGAGGCUGCCCUCUCUGGUCUGUCUGAGUCUCUGACGCAGGCUGGUGUCUCCCACAAGCUUUGGAUCGAACAGCCUGAGAACAUCCCCACGUGUUUAGCCCUGAAGCCGUAUCCAAAAGAGACUGUCCAGCCACUGAUGCGCAAGUUCAAACUCUUCAAAUGACUUCCCCUCCAAACACCGCCGCCUCGCUGAGACACUCUCCAUCCGGACACUCGUUUUUAUUUUAAAUUGCAGUCUGCAAAAUGGACAGUGGGCACUGCACCCUUUUCUGUCCAGAAUUAAAAUCUGAAAUACUGUCUGCUAAUCUGGGUUUAUUUGUUCUGAUGUUUUACAAAAUACAAAAGCUGUGUUCAUUCGUUUGUGAUGUAAAAGCAAAAUGAGACGCCAACAAAAGUCCCUUAUCUCACCCCCAGCUGGUUCUCAUUGCUCAUCUAAAUAAACCAUUCCUGUUUAAUGCAGUGUAACUCAGGUGUAUGUUAUCAUAUUGUGAAUCCUCUGUUUGAAGAUGAAAUUUAUGCCGCUAUACUGAUGAGUGUGGAUUUACAUGCCUGCACUGUUUUAUAACUGGAGCUCUUGCCAGCUGAUGUUUCACCGGAAGAUUUGAACAAUAUUUAUCUGUUUUACACUCUUUUAUCUAAAUUCAUGUCACAACUGGAGCCCAUCCCAGAUGUUACCGGGUAAAAGUCAGAGUCCUCAAGUCACCAAAGAGCCUGGGAUUUAAAAAAGAAACAGAAGAAGAAAGAAUCCAAGAAUUUAAAUUUAUCUCAUCUGCUUAAUCUAUAAACUGACCUAACAGCUGGCCAAGUUAUCAGCUCACAUUCAAUGAGCCGAUAAGGUUCAGAGUGUGUGUCCAAUCACACUUUACUUCUAUGAGGCCCUGCACUACCUGUUCAUUGUUAAUGAGUCAUUGUAGCAAGAUUAAGCAACUCUGAAUCAACCUCUCUGUACACACUGCAGGUCAGUUUAUUUCUCUUGCAGUUAUUUGAUUGAUUAAAUAUGAGAAAGUA